AAAAUCGUUUAAGAAAAAUAAACUAAGCAGCCUGGAAGAAUUAGCUGGUAUAUAGAAAUAAACUCCCCUUUUGGGGAUUCCCUUUGGAAGACCUGCGAUCGGUAUUGAGUUCCAAUUAUGAGACAAUAAUCACCGUAGGUUAAUGUUCUCGGCAGAUAAGAUUGCAUGGGGGAUUCCUUUUGGCACAACUGCAAUCGUCCUAUAAAAGAGCAUCCAAGCCGCAGUGGAGCCAUCAGUCAACGGUCUCAAGCUUGUCCACCGAGAUCAGCCAAGAUGCAAUCUACCACAAUCUUCGGCUUGCUCUUCUGCGUCAUCGCCGCUUCGAUGGCCCAUCCGAUGCCCGACGACAUGACCAUGAAGCCCACUCCACCACCCAAGUACCCUCUGAACCUUGAGGGAGGAGGUGGUGGCCAGAGGGGCGACGGGUUCGGCUUUGGCAUAAGGGGUCACGAGAAUGUGUGGACCAGCGACAACGGACGUCACGAGAUUGGGUUAAAUGGAGGAUAUGGCCAGCACUUGGGCGGACCUUACGGAAACUCCCCGCCCCAAUGGAAUGUCGGAACCACCUACACCUACAGAUUUCCGAACUUCUAAAAUCCAUUCAACAUUUUUGGGUUAUACAUAACCAGUAGUAUUCCUGUCUCCAGUUUUGUAUAUAAAUUGUCAUUAAAGUCUUGCUUCUAAAAACCAUAUCCACUUUGUAUGUAUGUUCAGCAUAUGGCGAAAUAUAUUACCGACUUCAACCAAA